GAUCCGAUCGUUCAAAAUUUUGGUUUUCCUCGCCGUUGUCUCUACACGUCUCUCGAUCUCUUUCUUGUGGUCUCUCUCCUUUCAGACUCUGCUUUCUGUGGGCUUCAGCAUUAUUAGAACUCAGCUUGUGUUUCUUAGAUAUUCUCUCAAAUGGGCAAGUCACAGAAAAAGAAGCAAAUGCGACGGCAUAAUCCAAUGCGAGUCCCAGACUCGCAUAUUCCUCAUGGAUUAGCUUCGGCAUCCGCGUCGUCGUCAAAAACGGAGGCCAUUCUGCCUAUUAUUCAAAAGAUGCAAAGCGUCGAUCCUGCUGAGCGCAAAUGGGCUUGCGUUGCCGUUUCCAACCUCAUUCAAAAUGAUCCCUCUACUAGGCGACUCUUGCAGGGAAAGAAUAUAGUCGGCGCAUUGAUUACUCGCCUCUCGGAUAGCGAGGAAGAAGUUCUGAUUGAAGCUACGGGUGCUUUGCGGAACCUGUGUAUCGAUGGCGGCUACGAUAUCUGUGCCGAGAUGUACAAUAAGAAUAUCCUUGUUCCUCUCAAAACAUUCGUGCCAAAGAUCUCAAACACCUUGUCUCAAUUCCUUGAGUCACCAAAAAAUGCGCGUGAAAAUGCACAGAAGCUCGUGUACGAGUUCGCGGAUAAUAUUAUUACCAUCCUCUGGUGCCUUUCGGAAACCUCGAAUAAGGCUCUCAAUGCAGUCAACCAAAUCUCAUUAGUUUCAUUUCUCAUGUCUUUCCUGGCUUCACGCGAGAAGCUCCCUCUAUCGACUGUAACAUCAGCCGCUCAAUGUCUGUACAUUCUCACCGAUGACAAUCCUCCUGCCAUCGAUGAAUUGAAGAGCAAUGAAACAUAUAUUCUAUGUUUACUCUCUAUCGUGCAAGCAGACAACUCCUUGAACAGAAAAGGCAAAGACGUCUCGGAUGAGCGAAUUGUUACGUUACGAGUUCUAUGCAGUGGCGUGUUACGACAUGUUAUUCCAAUCCGGCCGUCGUCCAUUGCUGCCACCCUCGACAUUGAUCGAGACGUUGUAAUACCUACGUUGCAGCCAGUCUUGUCUUCGAUAUCUUUGGCCGAAACAAGUCAAUGCGUCCAGGAAUUGAUAGCGCAAGAGGAUUCGUUUCCUCCGCUAGAGAAGAUGACGCUUAAGCACACGCCCAAAUCCGAUCACAAGUCCCCCACAGAGUUGCAAUUAGAGAGACUAGAGAACAGACUCAGGACCGUCCAAAUUUCCCUGGAGAUCCUGACUAGUGUCUGCGCAACGCUUCCUGAGCCCGAACCUGAACUCGACGGCAAUGCACAUGACGAUGGCCCUGAAGAUGAGGACAUGGAAGACCAAGAAGACAAUGGUGAGACUGAAAACGACAAGAUAUCGUCAUCAGAAAAUACCAAGUCCACGUCAACGGCGUACCUGCCCACCCUCGUGGACCCGUUGCUUCCUUUGAUACAACCAACGCCACUAUCGUUUCCUCCUUUGACCGGAGGUGUUUCUGUUCACCCACCCACAACAUCGGCACUGAGUGGCAUUCACAUCUGCGCAAUGGAAUGCCUUAACAAUAUAUUUUGGUCACUCGCUGCGCCGGCAUUAACCCAAACUCAACAGCGGUCAACAGCUCUUGACACGGACAGUGGCGUGAAGGUUUGGGACUCUGUUUGGAAUUCGCUCUAUGUUGUUGGAACGGAGUUUAGCGGUUUGGGACAAGAACGGCGCCGUGAGUUAUGGUAUCUUAGUGUGGGUGUUCUGUGGGCCAUAGGGUUGGUCUGGAAGGGGUUAUUGGUCCCCAAUGAAGAGCAGAUCCGCAUCUUAAUUCAGUUAUAUGAGUCAACUUCCGACCCGGUGGUGAAGGUGAAGGUUAUUGGGACGCUGGAAUGCCUGGCUCAUCACCCUCAAUCUGUUGACGCGAAUCAAGUUGUGUCAAAUUUCCUCUUAUCACUCAUUCCAGGAUCCAUUCAGUCAACGGUGACACCCGUGGAACCCCUGCUUCAAGCAGUCUCGGCGAUGAUUGACUUAUAUUCGGACGAGACGAUGCCAUACGACAUAAACUUCCGGCAAGGAAAUUAUGCCGAUGCUUUGGCGGCAAGCAUCGAACCAGUUCGAAAAGUAGUUCGCGGCAUCGAUCGAAAGCGAGAGCGAGAGCUAAGGCGACGAGGAGAGGAAGUGAGGGAUAACUUGGUUGCAUUUGUCGGGUACAGAAGGGCGCUAUUGCUGUGAUUCAUCUCCACCUUUCGUCGGCCGGCUUCUUGUCACGACUCAGCUGCAGAACGUGGUGCAGGUGAAUAUAUUAUAGUCUCCUAUCUGCGAUGGCUCGGUAUAGAUCCAUAAGCGGACAACUUAGUGAGACGACAUGCCGGCAUUCGAGUCUAGAUUGCGGAAGUAAUCCUCAGUAAGUCCUAAGUUUCACGUAAGUGUUAUAGACAGUCAAGCUAUGUCCGAUAUGAUGGGCUUACAUGUUGUUUAUUGGAUCAGUACCCUGGUUAAGGUAAUGAAUGUAAGAAUAAAGCAAAUAAAUCAUUCC